AUGCGUGUCGUGCUCUUCCAGCUACGCGACGGGAUGGAUGAAGACAAGCUUGAAAGCCUCUUGUUGGCCGCUCGCAGCGAGAUCCCCGGUGUGGUGGACAUGCACUUCGGGGGGAAUAAGGUGCACCUCACAAAGUACGGCGACGCCCUGAAGAGCAAGUACACACAUGUGCUCAUUUCUCGCCACGAGCGCGAGGAAUUUUUGAGAGAGUACAUCUCGCACCCUCGCUACCGGGACAUCACGCAGUAUAUUGUUUCCUUUUCCACUGCCCCGGCUACGGCUGUGAACUUUUAUGCGAAUGGGCGUCCUCACCUAUAG